GGGUGCGCGCUAAAUGUGGCCGCGCACAAGGGUGCGCGCAAAUUUGCAGGUUAAGGUGAGGUUGGUGGAGUGAGGUAUUGGAGUAGUGCUACUCCUCAAUCCAAGGUACAUUACAAUUGUGCAGAGAUGGCAGACACUGAAGCUAUCUUGGAAGAGCUGCAGGAGGAGGUGGAAGAGCAAACACCAGUCAUAGAAGAAGAAGAAACACAAAAUGAAGAGGCCAAAUUGGAACAAGAAUCAGAUUUAUCUGCACUUCAGACUGAACAACCAACUCUUGAAGCAGAAGACGCAGAAGAAGAAGAGACAAAGCCAAAGCCAAAGUUAUUUGUACCAAGUCAUGCUCCCAAAAUGCCUGAUGGUGAAAAAGUUGACUUUGAUGACAUUCAACGAAAACGUAUGGAAAAGGAUCUGUUGGAACUGCAAACUCUCAUCGAAGCCCAUUUCGAGAGGAGGAAAAAGGAGGAAGAAGAUCUUGUUGCUUUAAAAGAGAGAAUUGAGAAGCGCAGGGCAGAAAGAUCUGAGCAGCAAAGAAUCCGAGCUGAAAAGGACAAGGAGCGGUUGAACCGAGCUGCUGAAGAAAAGGCAAGAAAAGAAGAGGAGGAACUUCGGAAAAAAGCAGAAGAGGAUAUGAAGAAGAAGAAGGUUUUGUCGAAUAUGGCACUGCAUUAUGGAGGCUACCUACAGAAGACUGAAAUCCGUCGAAGUGGCAGGAAGCAAACAGAGAGAGAAAAGAAAAAGAAGAUUCUGGCAGAUCGACGCAAACCUCUUAAUACAGAGAACCUUAAUGAACAGAAACUCAAAGAGAAAGCGCAGGAACUGGCAGACUGGCUGCAGCAACUUGAGGGAGAGAAAUUUGAUCUAUGUGAAAACCUGAAGAGGCAGAAAUAUGAAAUCAACCUGCUGCAGAUUCGAGUUCAUGAACAGAUGGGAAAAUUCAGUACAAAAGCAGCUCGUGGCAAGGGUAAGGUGGGUGGUCGUUGGAAGUAAUAAUGGAAUGGGCACAUCGACAAAGGAAGCACUAUCUUCUGAUUGUAUUCACCUUCCUACUAACCAGAGACUGGAUUUCAAGAAGCAAGAUGGUUGUUGUUGAAAUUAUUCAAAAAGGCAUGAUCAAAACAACCAGUUUAUGUUUUAAUGUGAAGGUUUAAAUUGAUCAUUUGCAUUAAUUAUCUACAUAUUUCAUUAUUCAGAUAUCAAAUAGAGAUGCAUUCUGAAAAAUAUGAAUGAAUUUGCUAGCACCAUGUCAACAGGAUGUAAUUCUGAGUAACUCUGAAAAUAUUAUUUUCAAAUUUUUCCUCUUCCUCCACCGUUUGAAAUGUGCACAUUAAAAUAUUAAUACAACU